ACUAGCUGCGGAGACAAGCCUUUAUUAAUAUAAAGUGGAGGAAAAUAGCCAAGUAUUUAAAACAAAAGACAUCUCUGCCCCCUAGUUAGUAUGCUAAAAAACCCUGGGGAAUGAGCCCUCAAAGGAAAUAAUUUUGUUUCUAUUUUCAUUUUUCUAUCUUUGAGCAUCUUCCGCAUUUUCUGAAACAAAUCCUUCGCUGUGCCGAUUCUCAUUCUGAUUGCUGACUCACACUUUUCGUCAUCGGUUAUCGCGCAAUAAAAACAGCAAAACCCUUCUGUGUUUUCCCCCCGAGUCUAAAAUACCCUUACCCCGAAGGGCCUUCCCUAGCUAAGCAAGUUAAACAUGUACUGUUACCAACAAAGAUCAAACAAACAAAAGGCAGACCAACGCGAGGUUACACUCCGAGAAAUCACGAGUUAUUGUGGUUGACAGAGUUCAAAUUUGCAUUGCUUUGCAGGCGUUUUUGGUUGUUGUCUAAUCGACCGAUCAAAUAAGCAAUAAGAAGACAAAGGUUUACAAAACUUGUUCCAGAGGUGCAAGUAUUAGGAUGGGUGGAAGACAAUCAAAGUAUUUUCCAAUGUCUAUUGGUUUUGAUUACAUGUCAGUCACAUUCAGAGGUCCGGACACGAUAAGAAUUAUUUAUGGCACAGAGAAAGAAAUCAAUGUUAUAAGGAAUGUCAUCUUGGGUCAUUGGAGAUUAGGGCUGCAAAGUGGCGGAGAGUUUGUCGGCUGUGGCUAUGACUUCAAACUGCGAGGUUCACCAUUUGUAAAAGAUUCCUCUGCAGGAGUAGCUUUCGAUUGUAGGAAGUUUGCCAGUCGACUUCUUUCCCAACUUCAUAACCAGGGCCUAAGACUGUUGGCUUCCAGUGAUUUAUCAAAAACAGCCAAGCUCACAACAUGGCUAUUUCACAGAGAGCAAACUCAAAUAUCACUCUUCCCUUUUGCAUGUAUUGGAAUCAGCAAUUGUGAUAAAAUACAAUUCAUCAACUUUCCUGUAGCUUUUUUUGAGCGCUUGAAAUAUGUAGUGGAACAAAAUUGGCCUAAAACCAUCAAAAGGUCUAAAUUUAUAGGAGAUGAUUUUGAAAUCAAGCUAAGGGGUAUGCCAUGGCGUCCUCGCGGGGAUUCGGAAAAUAUACAGGCAAAGACGUUGGUGAAAGCCUUGAUCAAUGAACUUGGAAAAUGCCAGUGGUUUUUGUAUGGAAGUAGCAACUUGAGAGGGAAUGCAGACACUCUGUUCUUCAUGCACGACCCUGCAGCACCCAGCCCAUGUCUCAGCUGUGGUUUUGUGAUGACUCUCAACAAAAUUGACAGACUGAGGAUAAUUGAUGCACCGCAUGACGCUGCUGGUCCUGUAAUAAAUGCAAUAACUGAAUAUUGGCCAGGUGGUAUACAGAAAGAGAAAGGUAAGUUGAAUGCAUACGAGUUCAAGCUGAAGGGCCGUCCAUGGUGGGCUAGUGGGGAAGAUACUGUCAGUGUACGUUAUUUCAUGUGCAAGAUGUUCGAGGCAUUGCUGCGCAGUGGCUGGAGGGUGAAAAUGUCCGUUGAUUUGACAAGAAGCCUUAAUGACAAGAGCGUGCUCCCUUUUCAGAAAUGCGAUCCAAGCAAUGGCCCUGUAUUUUGCAUUUCACUUAACCGAACUGAUAGAAUACGGUUUAUAAACGCACCACCCAAUCUAUUGUCCACAUUGAUAGCAACGGUAAGGCGUGUGUGGUUGUUUGGCGUCGCCCAAGAAAGACCUUAUGGUGCCAGCAUUGAAUUAAAGUUGAAUGGAAGACCUUGGAAUUACGGUUUAAGUGGCCAUGAUGGAGCUCAUGGGCGGGUCAUGUUGGCCUACCUUAUAAAGGUGUGUGCCAGUAUGGGUUGGGUCCUUUAUCUCUCUGCCGAUGUCUCUGCAAAAUGGCGUCAUCAACGUAACGCACCUGACAUUCCGCUUGAUUUGCAUAGCUUAUGGUUCAUGUUUAUUGGACAGUCUCAGCCCUGUGAUCAGGCAUCUGGCCAUUCACAAGUCGUACCCGCCGCUGAUAUUGCUCCACCGCAGUAUGGCUUUGCUGGACAAAUUACAUCUGAAUUUGGGACCAGCGAUUUGCCCCCUGCGUAUUCAGCGAUGUCCAUUUGAAAUUUCAGAGGACUUUUAAAGGUAUCUAUGAGUAUCAUUAUUUUUCAAACAUUGAUCAUAGUGUCGCAUGUACUACUCUUAGGUGCCUAAUUGCCGCUCCCCUUCGCUAAUUCAUUUUUGAAAAUUUUUCCAACUCCCUCCCCGCUCUUAUUAGGACCCCCGCCAAUUGAUUUUGGCACUUUGUGUUAACUAAUCUAGUGAAAUAAGCGUAGCAUAAGCUAAAUAUUGUCGAUUAUAAAUAAUAGCUAUAUAAUAGUGAAAUAAGCGUACUGAUUUUAAGUGCAUUAUGAGUAUUCAGUAUAUGUAGCUUCAUAAUUUAGACCCCCGGUAAUUGGAACCCCCCCCCCAAAUAAUUUUGAACAUAAAAUCCGACCCCCCUUGUUUAUUCUGACCCCCUCCCCGGCAAUAAGGCACCUACGAGUAGAUAUUAAGGGGCCUCUGUCUUUUAGAAUACACUCAUCUUCCAUAUGAAACUUGUUUUAAGACACAACUGAGCUUUGAUACAACUGGCACAACUGGGAUAAAACUUCAGACCCACUGAAUCAAAAUAUACUUACCUCAUCCAAGUACAGCAUCAAAACAGAUGUAAAUAUCUUGACAGAAAUGAAACAAAUGUUAAAAAAACACAAACUUUGACGAGUCUUACUGUUUUGGAUCUGCGAAAACCAAAUCCAAUAAAAAGUGCUGGAAAAUUUCCUAGUAUUGAAAAAUGAAUAAAGAGCCCAAAUGCUAAAAUUAAUGACAUCUUACAUAAGAAACUCGAUAGAAAAAGUAAAUAUUGAAAUUUUCUAGAGUGUUAAGAGACUGGAGUACUCUACAUCGAUCUCUGUUGCUUAUGAAAAAUGAGUGUGCUUAUCGCUUUGCUGUAAAAAUGCUAACUUCAGGUACAACAUUUUAGCUGUGUGAUGUACCGAGUCAAGUUUCUGUUAUGUGAAAAACUGGCGUUAUCUUAUGGCAGAAAUGGAUCAAAUCCCUACAGACAAGAGAAAUGGCUUUUGAUUUCUCUCUAAAGAGCCUGCUUGCUUCUUAUGUAUAUAUGCACUUAAAAUUUUUUAAAAGCGACUUUAUUGCCUGUUUGGUUUAAAGUUGAUUAAAUACUAGUUCCCUUUGAUGAGAUAACGUUUUUCUUUUAAUGUUAAUAAUUUUUGAUCUCUUGAUUUAACGAAGAUAAUCAAAACAUAUCUCUAAAAAGACACUUAAAUCGACAAAGAUUAUUGUUUUAAAUCGUAUCCUAGAAUAUUGCAUACUAUUGUGAUAAUCUUAAAGAAAUAAAAUGAUAUUAUCCGUAGAA